CAGCACAAGGGAGCCGCACGUCUGUCUCUAUCUGUCGUCUCUUGGAUCUCCCUUAGCAGAGCUGCCUGGCUGCUGCUGACUGACAGUGUCCUCUCGCUUACUGACUGAGUGUGAGGGAGUGCCUGAGAGCGUAGCGAACACCAGAGUUUCCCACUGGGUACGCACAAGUCUGUGUUCAGCUGUCCUGGUUUUGGUGUUGCCACACAGGGUGGAAGGUUUGACCAGUUUUGCUCUGGACUUGACUCAACACUCAUGAUCCCCAGUCAGCAUACCCUCUCAUUAAGAUGGGAAAUGCCUCCGAAACAUUUCUGCUCAUUUCCAAAAUAUCGAAAGACAGUGACAUCCUCAUGGGAACUAUAUACACCUUGUUUGGUGUGCUGUCGAUGCUGGGAAACGGGAUCCUUCUGUUUGUGGCCUAUAGAAAGAAGUCCUCCCUGAAGCCCGCAGAGUUCUUUGUGGUUAACCUGGCCAUUAGUGACCUCGGCAUGACAAUAUCCCUGUUUCCACUCGCUAUCCCCUCAGCCUUUACUCACAUGUGGCAGUUCAAUAAGACGGUCUGCAUGGGCUAUGCCUUCUGCGGCGUUUUGUUUGGCCUAUGCAGUCUGACCAACCUCACGGUGCUCUCGAGCGUCUGCUGGCUCAAGGUCUGCUGCCCAAACUAUGGUAACAAGUUCUCCUACUGCCAUGCCUACAUGCUGGUUGCUGGGGUCUGGUGCUACGCUGGAAUUUUUGCUCUAGGUCCCUUGUCGGGCUGGGGAGAAUAUGGGCCCGAGCCUUACGGUACAGCAUGCUGCAUCAACUGGGAAGCUCCAGGCAGAAGUUCUGCAGCUAUGAGCUACAUCAUAUGCCUUUUCUUCUUCUGCUACAUUGUGCCCUGCACUGUCAUUUUAUUAUCCUACACAUUUAUACUAAUGACCGUCCGGGGCUCCCGCCAAGCUGUGCAGCAGCACAUGUCCCCGCAAAAUAAGAUCACCAAUGCACAAACACUCAUAAUUAAGCUCUCAGUGGCCGUUUGCAUUGGUUUCCUGACAGCAUGGAGUCCAUAUGCCAUUGUGGCCAUGUGGGCUGCAUUUGGUGACGCGCUAGAUGUUCCAGUCAUUGCUUUCGCUUGGGCAGCUAUCUUUGCCAAGUCCUCAACUCUUUACAACCCUAUCGUUUACCUGGUCUUCAAGCCCAAUUUCCGCAGGUCCCUGUAUCGAGAUGUGGACCUGUGCAGAAGCACAUUAUGUGGAUGUAAGCCCAGCUCCCCAUCAAAGGGAAUUUGCAGUCAACUCAAUCACAAAGAAGAAUGCAACUCCACAAGGUUCUCAAAUGGACUACCGGAGAACCACGGGGCUACCUGCAGACAUUGUGCUUGCCCUGAAGCAGUCACUGGUACCAGAGAAAACUUCACAGAACACAUCCCCCAGCAAACUUUCAGGAUACUUAAAGGAUCAAUACAUAGUGAGGUGGCUGUUAGUCAGCUGUCUAUUGACUUGCAGAGUGACUUCCUUUAGAGAAAUAAAGCAACAUGGGGAAAAAAGCUUAAAAAAUGCAGCAAGAAUGAAGGUUGAAAAACACCAACUGCAGCAAAGGAAAAAGUGAUGACAACAACAUAACAAUCAAUGGAAGGAAAAAACAUUAUGGCUUAUAAUGUUAAAGUCUGAAAACGAAGGUCUCGUCUCAUGCCUCAAAUAUGCGAUACUGCCAAAAAAAGAAAAACGGCCACACGGAGAAACCAAUAUAGGAGUAUAAGGAAGCCAGACAGCCAACAUGCAACCACAAAUGUGUACAUCAAUAUUUUUGAUCUGGUCAAAUCAGCACGUCUAUUUGAUCACUGUGACUGAUCAACAUUAAGCAAACAAGACUGAGAACCGUUAGACUCGCAUUACAAAUCAAUUCAAGCUGGAUUUAGUGGGAUAUAAAAAUGUCUACUUCCUACUUUUAUGUAUAUGUAUCGAGUACUGUAUUUGAUGUGUUUGAUUUUAUAAGUAUAUAUCAAUGCAUGCCUAAUAUUGAAAAAGACAACAGGUUUGCUGGUGAUUAAAAAAAAAUGCUGUUUCCUCUUUGAAGAAGAAGAAGAAGAAGAAGAAGACAUACUUUAUUAAUCCCUUACAGGGAAAUUGCUUAAUUUGCUGAGUAAACGUCAAAAUGUCUCAACUUUAA